AUGGCUUCUAUGGCUUCAAUUACUCUCUUUUUCAUUCUUUUCCUACAUUCAUCGCUUGCAAUACUAGUUGCAAGUGAUGUUUCUAACCAGAUUGAGUUAGAAACUUACAUUGUUCACGUACAAAAACCUCCUGCAAGCAAGGUUUUAAGUGACUUGGAAAGUUUGGACAGCUGGUACAGCUCAUUUUUACCAGCCACCACAGCCGACACAAAUGAGGAGCCACGCAUGGUUUAUUCCUAUCACAAUGUUUUCACAGGCUUUGCAGCCAAAUUAUCUUCUGAGGAAGUGAAAGCAUUGGAAAAUGUGGAAGGAUUUGUAUCCGCGCGGCCUCAAAAAGUUGUAUCAUUACAUACAACUCAUUCUCCUGAUUUUCUUGGUUUGCACCAAAAUUUUGGCUUUUGGAAGGAGUCAAAUUAUGGAAGGGGGACAAUUAUUGGAGUGUUGGACACCGGAAUUAGGCCUGAUCAUCCGUCUUUUGCGGACGAAGGGAUGCCUCCUCCACCUGCUAAGUGGAAGGGAAGAUGUGAGUUCAAUUUCACUGGAGCAUGUAACAACAAACUCAUUGGAGCAAGGUUUUUUAGGAGUGCUGGAGGAGGGACGCCCUUAGAUGAAGAAGGCCAUGGAACUCAUACUGCAAGUACAGCAGCUGGAAACUUUGUCAAAGGGGCUAAUGUAUUUGGCAAUGCUAACGGGACUGCAGUUGGAAUUGCACCAUUUGCUCAUGUGGCCAUGUACAAAGUAUGUUCAAGUUCUUGCCCAGAAAGUGACAUACUGGCUGCAAUGGAUGUUGCAAUUGAUGAUGGCGUCGACAUUCUUUCCAUUUCGAUUGGUGGGUUUUCUAGUUCUUUCUAUGAUGACAACAUAGCACUUGGUGCAUUCAGUGCAAUGGAGAAAGGGAUCUUUGUGAGCUGCUCAGCCGGAAACAACGGUCCAUUCAGUAGCUCUUUGGCAAAUGAGGCCCCUUGGAUUCUCACAGUUGGUGCAAGUACCAUUGAUAGAAAAACAACGGCCACUGCUGUGCUUGGAGACAAUCAAGAAUUUGAUGGCCAGACGCUUUUCCAGCCUAAGAAUUUCCGUCACACACAACUGCCUCUCAUUUACCCCGGAUUAUUGAAUGCAAGUGAUUUCGGUGCUCCAACUUGUGGUUCAAGCACACUGAACAAGACUGAUAUCAGGGGCAAGAUCGUGUUGUGCAUGAUAGGUGGAUCAACAACAAGAAUUGAAAAAGGCAAAUUAAUAAAAGAUGCUGGCGGUGCUGGAAUGAUACUCAUGAACACUCAAUCCCGAGCCAAUACUACAUUAGCAGAUGCUCAUGUUCUCCCUGCUACUCACAUUGGUUAUGCAGAUGGACAGAAGAUCAUAAGCUAUAUAAACAGAACUUCCAAUCCUACUGCUACAAUCAUGUUCAAAGGAACUAUAAUUGGAGAUGUUCAUGCUCCAGCUGUUGCGGGGUUUUCCUCUAGAGGUCCUAGCUUGGUGAGCCCAGGGAUCUUGAAGCCUGAUAUUAUUGGUCCUGGAGUAAACAUCCUUGCAGCUUGGCCUGUCUCUGUCGAGAACAACACCAACGCAACAUCCACAUUCAACAUUAUCUCUGGCACUUCAAUGUCUUGUCCUCAUCUUAGCGGUAUUGCUGCACUUCUCAAAAGUUCCCAUCCUGAUUGGUCUCCGGCUGCUAUUAAAUCAGCAAUCAUGACCACUGCUGAUCUACUAAACAUUGAGAACAGGCUUAUUGAGGAUGAAAGAUACCUUCCUGCUAACAUUUUCGCCACUGGUGCAGGCCAUGUCAAUCCCUCAAAAGCAAAUGACCCUGGACUUGUUUAUGACAUCCUUCCUGAAGAUUACACUCCAUAUUUGUGCGGCUUGAACUAUACAAGUCGACAAGUUGCUAUCAUUUUACAACGAAAGGUGAACUGCACAGAAACCAUACCUGAAGCACAGCUGAAUUAUCCUUCAUUUGCCAUCAGACUAGGAUCAUCAAGCACUCCCCAGACGUAUACAAGAACCGUUACUAAUGUUGGUGAUGCUAAUGAAUCUUACAAGGUCCAGAUUAUUCCACCAACAGGUGUUUCCGUAGCUGUUGGGCCUUCAACACUCAACUUUUCAGAGCAGAACCAGAGGUUGACAUAUCAAGUGACUUUUAGCCGAACGGCAAAUAGCUUCAGUGGCACAGUCCAUGGAUUUGUUAUCUGGUCUUCUGCCAAGCACUUCGUCAGGAGCCCAGUAGCAGCUACUUUUCUCUGA